CUUUCUUUGUCCUCUCAAUCCCUUCACCGAUAAUCUCAUGAGCUCUUCCACAGCCCUAUCCACCAUCCUCCGGCUUUCGUCCACCAGAUUUCUAGCGGGACUAGUAGAACGCUGUUCCCUCGUCUUAUACGCUCCUUGGUUGUCCCCCAAAACUCAAGCCUUGUUCUCAAUCUACGAGAUCACGCAGGCUUCACAAGAGAUCGAGCAAAAUGGCAUCAAUCCGGUCCCUGCUCAGCGACCGCCCCUGUGCCGACGUUGAAGCUUUCAUAAUCAGCCAGCUUUGGGGAACGGAUAUCCAAACGCUCCCGGGAUCGUACCAGUCAUAUUUUCGCUACUACGGAACAGAAUGCCGACGCCUCCAAUUUGGGAUCUCAAAGGAGGCAUGGCAGUCAACAUCGAUGGCGGCAAACACCCACGAGCACGUGAUUCUUAUAGUGAACACUCUAGCAUUAGACAAGAGCCGCGAUCGGCCUGCCGUUCGGGCGUUGCUUCGUCAGCACUUCCCGAGUUCUCAUGAUUUGGCUCUUGAUCGAUCAAUCGACUUCGCCUUGCGAGCAUGGCUUACAUUGAACGUCAGAGAAGAGAGUUUUGCUUUGCAUACUCCACGGACACCAACGAUCCAAUGGGAUGACUCGUCCAGCCUCGCUGGCUUCGUACUUCGCAACUUUCCACGAGCAACAACAACGAGCUCUUACCCCCUCGAUCAUACAUUCACGGCAGCGAACAUCAAUCGCUUAAGUGGCAUCGACAUUGAAUGGACUCCCUGUCUUGCGGAUCACUUGAGGUUCGAUAAGAGACGGAGGCUUUUGAGGGUGUAUCCAUUCAAGCAAACUUUACUCGACCAUUUGCAAAUAUGGGAGUCCUCGAAAACUACCCCCGAGAAAGUUUCCCGGGCUUUGAUACCACUCACCGUUCUCAAAGAGGCACUGCUGUCACUCGACUUACUUUUCCCUUACCGGGAUCCACUCACAGAUAGCUUCAUGCGGCAGCAUGACCAGACCUUCCACCUCAAGGGCCCUUUGAUGAUUCCGGCCCUCUCAGCCUCAUGGAUUUUGAUCACUGGAGAAAUAGGCUUCUAGAGCUCCAUCACAUGUUUCACUCUCCUCCCGUUGGGUGGAGCCAGAUUUGGGCCGAUAGACGAAAUCCGCUGCAGUGGUACACAUUCUGGCUGGCAAUUGUUAUCUUGGUACUCACUCUAGCCUUUGGUAUCAUAUCCUCGGUAACCGCCAUUAUUCAGACAUGCCUGGCGUACGAAAGUAUUAAGAUAGCAAGGUCUCAGCAGACUCCAAGUUGAGAAGAUGCUUCCACGACCUGAGGAAAAGCGGGUGUGGUUACUGGAGCAUAGGCUCGAACAUUCUCGUGGCAGAACAAAUAUUUGUGAUGAAAUAGAAUGCCACGUGCAAAUACUAGAAUACUUCAAGCGAUGCAA